AUACACCUAAACAAAUAUAUUUCUUAUCGAAUUUGUAUAUAGAAAACAAUUAAGAGCAGUCAGCCUCAUCCAAUAAUUAUCGAUUAUAUUAGAAUGGAUGAGAUGGAUUCAUGGAGGGCAUUCGACCACCGACGGGAAGAACUAGGGGCCGCGAAAUACGCAGGCGUGGGCUCCUUCCAAUUUCCUACCUUUGUGCUUUAUGUAGCAAAACUGUUUGUGAAAAUGCCGCAGUGGCAGACCCCACUCUAAAUUGUCGUGGAGCGCAGCUCUUGCGAGCUCGUGAUCACCCACCACGCCAUCUAGACUUAGCCCCAUCAAUGGUCCACCACUAUUUGUCUUCUUUUUCUCUCCUAUUGCCCUUUUAUUUUUCCUAAGUUUCUUGGGUUUUGCUCACUAUCACCGACACCAACAUUUUGUUAGCAACCUGAGUUUAAUUGUAAAGUUAAAAACUUCCAUUGUUUGCAAUUUUUUUUUAAAAAGUAGUCUUCAUUGCACACUCUUUUUUCUUUUUAAGAUUGAUCUUUCAGUUUGUUGUAUCUGUGGAAAAGGGGGCUCAUUUUUAUAUCUUGUCACUUCCCAUCCCCUAGAUCCCGAAAUUUUGCUGUAUUGAUUCUAAUUAGUAAUUUUUUCCAAACCCAAAAUGUCUCGUUGAAAGCAGCAGUGUAGUAAAAUGAUAGCAAGCACUAGUUCUGACACUGCAGUUCUACUGCCUCUUAAGAGUCCCACCAUUCGUCCGGAUUUCUUCUCUUUUGUUGGGCUUUGCCUUUGAUUUCGAUUUUGACUCAUUCAGAUAUUCCCCACUCUGCUUUGUAGAGCUUGGUGCUGGCUGUAUUUGGUUUAUGUUUAUGCGUCUCAAAUGAGACUAGAGUUUAGAGAUUAGUUACCUGAUUUUUUAUUUUUCAUUCUGAAGAUUGCUUAACUGUUGAGAAACAGAAGUCCUUUCAUUAAUGGUUUUGAUCGCUUAUAAAAUGUGUUUAAAAGCUACUUAAAACUUGACUACUUGCGUACAUCUCUUGUUUAUCUUUUAGUUGUAAACACCAGAGCCGGUAAUCCUCCUCGAAUGUCUGUUGUAAUUUAUUAUUUCCAAUAUCCAACCCCAUCCAUCUGAAUAGAUGGAAGAAUUAAAAUAUUCCACCAACCACGAUUGUAUUCGCUUUUUCUAUUUACGAAAAAGUGGAACAACAGCAAAGAUCAAAUUACCCCGAGAGAGAGAACGAGAGAGACAAAAUAAGUGGCAACAGUGUCAAAAGAAAGAGCUUUCCAAGGCCUUGGAUACUAUCUGACAAGUCCUGUCUGCCAGAGCUAUAAAGAAACAUUUUUCCCAUUCUUAAAAAAGGGUAAGGAGUAGAAUUAAAAGAGAGAGGAAAAAAAAGGAGGAAGCUGAUUUUCUUUUUCUGCUUUUUAAGGCAGAGGAGGAGAGAGCAAGUGACUGAGAGAAAAAUGGUGAAGAAGUGGAGUUGGGGAGAGCCGUUGCUGCUAGUCAGUAUCUGCAUUUUGGGAUGGAGGAUUAGUUUUAUCAAUGGAGCUACGGAUCCAGGAGAUGUAUCGGCUCUAAAUGCCAUGUAUAGUAGUUUAAACUCUCCUCCAAUUCUAACACAAUGGAGUUCGAGUGGUGGAGAUCCAUGUGGACAAAUUUGGAAAGGCAUUACUUGCUUGGGCUUAAGGGUCACAGAAAUUUCAUUGUCUGGUUUAGGACUUUCUGGAACAAUGGGAUAUCAGCUCUCGAGUUUGACAUCCCUAACUAAUCUAGAUGUGAGUAACAACAAUCUUGGACCUGACAUACCUUAUCAGCUCCCUCAAAACUUGCAAAAAUUAAACCUUGGAUGGAAUAACUUCAGUGGAAGCAUCCCCUAUUCUAUUUCUCAAAUGAGUUUGCUUAUUUCCUUAAACAUGAGCCACAAUCAGCUUCAGAAUCAAGUGAAUGAUAUGUUCUGGAAGCUUUCUUCCCUGGCCAUGUUGGACAUCUCUUUCAAUUUUCUGUCAGGUGCCCUCCCCCAGAGUUUUAGCAACCUUACCAGUCUUAACGCAAUGUUUCUGCAAAACAACCAAUUCAGUGGCACUAUUGAUGUUCUUGCAAAUCUUCCGCUACAAAAUUUGAAUGUCGAGAACAACCAUUUUACUGGUUGGGUUCCUGAACGAUUGAAGAAUAUAAAUAUUCAGGAGGGUGGCAAUUCUUGGAGCUUUGGAUUUGCACCCCCACCUCCACCUGGGACUCCUCCAGCCAACCAAAAUUACAGAUAUCACAAGGCUGGUAACAGUUACAGCCCACUGGGUAGUGAUGCUGCUGGUGGAGGUAGCAAUGGAUCAGGAAUCGGUGGUGGUGCCAUUGCUGGAAUUCUUAUAUCUGUGCUAGUCGUAGGAGCUAUACUAGCAUAUCUUCUUGUAAAGAGAACAUCCAAGAGGCCAUCCACAGACGUAGAAAAGCAAAAGCAUGGGAACUUGCCUAUUGUAUCUCCUGCUUCAAAUGAAGUGCAAGAGAUGAAGCUUGUUCAUACUUCAUCAUCAUUUGAUGCAAAAGAAUUGGAAUCUCCUGCUUUAAUCAAUCUCAAACCCCCACCUAUUGAUCGUCAUAAAUCAUUUGAUGACAAUGAUACAUCAAAGAUACCUGUGGUGAAAAAGACCAAUGUCACUGCUCCAUUAAGUGUGAAAUCAUACUCAAUAGCAGAUCUGCAAAUGGCUACGGGUAGUUUCAAUGUAGAAAACCUUCUUGAUGAGGGAUCACUUGGACGUGUUUAUCGGGCUCAGUUCAACGAUGGGAAGGUUCUUGUAGUGAAGAAAAUAGAUUCAGCUGCCUUCCGUAGAGAAUUGUUGGAAGAUUUCACGGAGAUCGUUGCUAAUAUAUCUCAGCUGCAUCAUCCGAAUGUAACCGAGCUAAUGGGCUAUUGCUCAGAGCAUAGCCUGCAUUUGCUAAUAUACGAGUUCCAUAAGAAUGGGUCACUACAUGACUUCUUGCACAUAUCAGAUGAAUAUAGCAAGCCACUGACUUGGAACUCACGUGUCAAGAUUGCUUUAGGGACGGCCCGUGCUUUAGAGUACCUACAUGAAGUUUGUUCCCCGUCAGUUGUUCACAGAAAUAUCAAGUCAGCCAAUAUCUUAUUAGAUGCCGAAAUGAAUCCUCAUCUCUCCGAUUGUGGUCUGGCUAGCUUUAUAACCAAUCUAGAUCAGGCAUUGGAUCAGCAGACAGGAUCUGGGUACAGUGCUCCUGAGGUUACCAUGUCUGGUCAAUAUACAUUAAAAAGCGACGUAUAUAGCUUUGGAGUGGUGAUGUUAGAACUUCUAAGCGGACGUAAGCCAUUUGAUAGUUCAAGACCAAGGGCUGAGCAAUCCUUGGUUCGAUGGGCUACGCCUCAGCUCCAUGAUAUUGAUGCCUUGACAAAAAUGGUUGAUCCUGCACUGAAAGGGCUCUAUCCUGUUAAGUCUCUCUCAAGAUUUGCAGAUGUUGUAGCUCUCUGCGUCCAGCCUGAGCCUGAAUUCAGACCACCCAUGUCGGAGGUGGUGGAAGCGUUGGUUCGGCUGGUGCAGAGAUCCAACAUGAGCAGGAGAACAUUUGGAAGUGAUCAUGGAUCAUCUUUUAGAACCGAUGAUCUUGAUGCAUGCAAAACAUCUUAACUGGCUUUCUUCUCGCCAAAAAUAAAAUUCUCUUCUUUAAGGAAUUUACGACAAGGAAUGCUUAAUCAUUUGCAUUGAUGUCACAUUGCGAUUUUCACCUUCAUGGACAGAAGCAUGACAAUGUUCUGUAUUUUACGUUCACAUUGCUUUUCGAGCUUUAUGCUGUAUAGUUAACUCAUAGUAUGUGAACCUGGUGGUGCAAUCAAUGAGCUGAGCAGUUAUUUUAGGACCCGCAUCGCAUAAUAGAACCAUUUGAGUCAAUGAUCUUAAUUACUCUA